AUGGGUGCCACUGAAUCAAUGGACGAAAUCAUUGCUAUGGAAAACCACCAGUGGUAUGCAAAAUUCAUGAAAGAAUGCCCAUCAGGACAACUCACCAUGUAUGAAUGCAAGAAGAUCCUUCGUCUUGAAAAUUCAACUAUCCAGGCAAAUAAUUAUGUUGAGAAAGUAUUCAAUAUUUUUGAUACUAAUAAGGAUGGGUUUAUUGACUUUUUGGAGCUUAUAGCUGCAAUAAAUCUGGUGAUACGAGGAAAAAUUGACCAAAAAUUGAAAUGGUAUUUUAAACUUUAUGAUGCUGAUGGAAGUGGAACAAUUGACAAAAAAGAAGUAAUAAGCAUAUUAAUGGCUAUUCGAGCCAUCAAUAGCAACCAAGAGAUGACUCCUGAAGAAUUCACAAACAUGGUUUUUGAGAAGAUAGAUGUAAACAAUGAUGGGGAACUGACCUUAGAAGAAUUCCUGAAUGGAGUGGAAAAUGAUGAACACUUCCUCGAAAUGAUUUCAAAGAGUUUUGAGCUCUCCAAUGUACUGAAAAUUAUACAAAGUGGGAGAAGACACAGCAUCUGA